GGGCUCCCCACUCUUCCUCCUGGUCCAGGGAGGCGGCGCGAGCCCCGCAGUGCCCGCGCUUGCAGCCCCUCAGCUCGGGCUGGUGGGGGAUACGACCCGAGGACGAAGAGGAGGAGGAAGAGGAGGAGACAUCCUCGGAGGCCUCUGCUGGCAUGAGAGGUUAUUUUGGAGAAGAGGAUGGAGAGAUGGUGUCCCGAACAAGCAACGCCGCAGCUUUCCUCGGUGACACUAAAGAUCGGGGUCCCCCAGGGCAGUCCCAGACCUGGAGAAGUGGCGAGAAGGUCCCCUUUGCGCAGACACAUUCCUUGAGAGCGUUUGAGAAGCCCCCUCAGGUGCAGACCCAAGCUCUUCGAGACUUUGAGAAGCACCUCAAUGACCUGAAGAAGGAGAACUUCAGCCUCAAGCUGCGCAUCUACUUCCUGGAGGAGCGCAUGCAGCAGAAGUAUGAGGCCAGCCGGGAGGACGUCUACAAGCGGAACAUCGAGCUGAAAGUUGAAGUGGAGAGCCUGAAACAAGAACUUCAGGACAAGAACCAUCAUUUGGAUAAAACCUGGGCUGACGUGGAGAAUCUCAACAGCCAGAAUGAAGCUGAGCUCCGGCGCCAGUUUGAGGAGCGGCAGCAGGAGACGGAGCAUGCGUACGCUCUCCUGGAGAACAAGAUCCAGCUGCUGCAGGAGGAAUCCAGGCUAGCCAAGGGUGAGGCUGCCCGGAUGGCAGCUCUGGCGGAGGCCGAGAAGGAGUGUAACCUGGAGCUGGCGGAGAAGCUGAGGAGCGCCACCAGAGACAGGGACGAUGCGCCGGGAGGCCAGGGCGAGCCUGACGGCUACGCCGAGGCGCUGGCUCAGAGGGACAGGUAG